UUGAACUAACAUCCCAGCAGGCCCCGCGGCGCCGGGCCGGGCAGGGGCGGUACUUAUGGCGGCGGAGUGGAGCGCUGUUCUCCUCACCUGCCGGCGGGGCCAUGGCGGCGUGUCCGCCCUGCAGCGAGAGCUGGAGGUGCGGCGGCUGCGGGGCGGGCUGGGCCCGCGUCCCCCCGCGCUGCUGCUGGCCGUGGAGGACCCCUGGGCCCGGCUGGGCAGCGGCGGUGCCACCCUGAACGCGCUGCUGGUGGCGGCCGAGCACCUCAGCGCCCGCGCCGGCUGCACGGUGGUGACCGCUGACGUCCUGAGGGACGCCCGCAUCCUCAUCUUGCACAUGGGCCGCGACUUCUCCUUCGACGACUGUGGCCGUGCCUUCACCUGCCUGCCCGCCGAGGAGCCCGGUGCCCCGGCUGAAGCUCUGGUCUGCAACCUGGACAGCCUGCUGGGGACCCUGACACACCGGCUCUGUGUGGGCUCCCCGCCUGGCGUCUGGGUCUGCAGCACCGACAUGCUCCUCACCGUGCCCUCAGCACCAGGGAUCAGCUGGGAUGGCUUCCAGGGUGUCCGAGUGAUCGCAGUGCCCGGGAGCCCAGCAUAUGCCAGGAACCAUGGGGUCUACCUCACCAAUGAACAGGGGCUGGUGCAUGACAUCAUCUACAAAGGCACAGAGGCCCAGAUCCAGCAGUGUGCAGGGCCAGAUGGCACUGUCCCACUGGUCUGUGGGAUUGUUUUCUUCUCCUCGGAUGCUGCCGAGCAGCUUCUGGCCACCCACGUCAUCCCUCCUCUGGAUGCCUGCACCUACAUGGGGCUGGACUCGGGGGCACCACCCAUCCAGCUCUCCCUCUUCUUCGACAUUGUGCUGUGCAUGGCAGGGGGGAUGACAGAGGAAGAUUUUGUGAAGGCUGGUGGUGAUGCCAGUGUGAGGAGUGCCCGCUCAGUGCUGUGGACAGCUCUCCGUGGCUUCCCUCUUAGCAUGGCCUGCAUUCCCAACGCAUCCUACGACUACAUGACAGCCUCUGCGAGCGACCACAUCCGCAGCCUGACCCUCCUGCCUAGCUCUGCCAGCCACCUCCGCUUCUGCAAGACAGCCCAUUCCCACGUGGAUCAGCCCUGUCUCCUGGAGGAUGGCUCUUCGGUCACCAACUGCCUGCUGGAAGGAGCUGUGCGGCUGGCAGCUGGCAGUGUCAUCCAGCACUGUCACCUCCAGGGUCCCCUGGAGAUCGGUCCUGGCUGCCUCCUCUCAGGCCUCGACGUGGGCUCCUCACCAGCCCUGCGGGGCUGUCCCCUGCGUGAUGUUGUCCUGCAGGGCCACCACGUCCGGCUGCGCGACCUGCCCUGCCGCGUGUUCACUCUCACCGGCCGCCUUGACGACUGGCAGAGCCCUGUGGAAAAAGCCACCUACCUGAACGUGCCCUGGGCUGAGUUUUUCCAACGGACGGGUGUUCGGGAAGGGGACCUUUGGGAUGCUGAGACGCCGCAGAGGAGCCGCUGCCUGCUCAGCGCCCGGCUCUUCCCGGUGCUGCACGCCCGCGAGGCACUGGGGCUGCAGGAUGUGCUGUGGCUGCUGGGCCUGGCCACCGUGGCCAGCGAGCAGCUGGUGUGCUGGAGAACAGCCUGGCGUAUGUCCUGGCAGGAACUGCUGCCCUGCCUGGACAUAGAAGCUGAGCUGGGUGCCCGCCAGGCCCUGUUCUUCCUGCAGGGCCAGCACAAGGUGCGGCGGGUGCUGCUGGGGUGCCAGGACAGCAGCCUUCUGCCACUUGCCCGCAGUGCCGUCCAUGAGGGCUACCACAAGGCCAUGCUGGGCACGCUGGAUGAAGUUGCCUCCACGGCUGGCGAUGCUGGUGUUGCAGCACGGGCACUUGCCUGUAUUGCUGAGGUCCUGGGCUGCAUGGCACAAGGGGAAGGGGGCUUGCGGAGUGGUCCUGCUGCCAACAGGGAGUGGGCCUCAGCUUUUGGGCGCCUGGAGAGCGGGGACAUUGCUGGUGGUGUCCAGGAGCUGGCUGCUGAGCGGCAGAAGUGGAUGAGCCGGCCGGCUCUGCUGGUGAGAGCAGCUCGGCAUUACGAGGGGGCUGAGCAGAUCCUCGUCCGGCAGGCAGUGAUGUCCUCAUGCCAGUUCAUCACCGUGGAACAGGGGGAGCUGCCACCCUUGGGGCACUGGGUGCAGGCGGUGUGUCCAGCCCGCCUGGACCUCUCCGGUGGCUGGAGCGACACUCCCCCCAUCACCUACGAGCACGGUGGGGCCGUGGUGGACAUGGCAGUGCUGGUGGAUGGCUGCCGGCCCGUUGGCGCCCGGGUGCGGCGCAUCGUCCAGCCGGAGCUGCGCCUCGUCAGCCUCAGCGGGACGCCACAGGGCGAGGUGGUGGCAGAGCUGGUGUGCCGGGAGCUGGAGCACUUACAGGAUUACUGCCAGCCACAUGCACCAGGAGCCCUGCUCAAAGCUGCCUUUAUCUGCACCCAGGUUGUGCAGUUCCCCUCACAGACGCCCUUGCGGGCCCAGCUGAUGGAGAGUUUUGGGGGUGGCUUUGAGGUGCACACCUGGUCCAAGCUGCCCCACGGGUCUGGCCUUGGCACCAGCAGCAUCCUGGCAGGAGCAGUGAUGGCAUCCCUGUACCGGGCAGCAGGGAAGGCUGCCAGCACUGAGUCCCUUAUCCAUGCUGUGCUGCACCUGGAGCAGAGGCUUACAACAGGGGGUGGUUGGCAGGACCAGGUUGGUGGGCUCAUUCCUGGCAUCAAAAUCGGGAGGUCGAAGGCCCAGCUGCCACUCAGAGUGGAGGUGGAGCAGAUCCUGGUCCCUGAUGGUUUUACCCAGACUCUGAAUGAUCACCUGCUGCUGGUGUACACGGGGAAGACUCGCCUGGCCCGCAACCUGCUCCAGGAUGUGGUGAGGAACUGGUAUGCCAGGCUGCCCUCCAUCGUGCAAAACGCUGACGCGCUGGUGAGCAAUGCUGAGGAGUGUGCCCAGGCCUUGAGGCAAGGUGACCUACAGCUCCUUGGCAGGUGCCUGGACCGCUACUGGCAGCAGAAGAAGUGCAUGGCCCCGGGCUGCGAGCCGCUGGCCGUGGGGCGCCUGAUGGACGCUCUGCGGCCCCACGCCUACGGGCAGUGCUUGGCCGGGGCUGGCGGCGGCGGCUUCCUUUGCAUCCUAACCAAGGCCCCGCGGCAGAAAGAGGCUUUGCACCAGAUCCUGGCAAACACUGAGGGAUUGGGCAACUUCAGCAUCCACAGCAUUGAAGUGGACACGGGUGGUUUCUCUGUGGAGGUCGUGGGAUGUGAUACCAAGGACAGUGCUCAGCCUGGAGGGGACAGGGCUGUGUGAAGGCCUUCAGCUCUGGCCCAUUCCUGGCAGAUAUCCAGAACAGGUGGAGGGAAAUUCCCACUGCUGUAGGGGAGGCUGCUUCGGCCAGCUCCAGCAGGUGCCUUAGGUCUCCAUAUGGCCUUUUUGUGCUGCUACUUGCCCCAAAAGCCAGAGACUGGAGAAGUUGUGACAAGUUGUGCAGGCAGGCAAAACUACCCUGCUGGGUGGCCUUACUGCAGGGACAGUUUGCUAGGGCCUCCAGCCUGAUUUUGGUGUUUCACUCCAGUUUUUACAGUUCUCCAAAGGGAACAAGCUAGCAUUUAUGAUGCUGCGUCUAGCAGGAACCUUCCAGCAGCAGGGACCCAAGCUGACAGUUCAGCAUGCACUGCUCCUUCACCAGGAAUGCAGUUGGAUGUGGAAUCAAGACCCUCUCCUGUCUUGAGGCACUGUUUCAGCAGUGAAACAGUGACUAGUGAAAGCAAGUUACUAGUCCAUGCAGAUUGAAUAAAAAAGCUUGUUCUCAGCA